AUGACCAAUAGCCUUUUUGGUGACGAUGCCUAUCAACCCCAAGUGGUCGACCCAUGGGACGAAAAUUCUCAAUAUGCCCCCACGCCCGGUAACUUUAGUGGCGCUAGCCUGUACUCUCCCAGCCCUGCCCCGGAUUGUACCACGGACCAGCUGCAGUCGGAUCAACUCAAAUUUCUCCCAUUGGUUGAAUGGAGACCAGACGGCGAAUACGAUGAGCAGCCUCCGAGAUAUGUCUGCUACACAAUUGCAUGGAAGCUUAUACUCAACCGCAAGACGGUAGGUAAAGUGACCGAAGAAGAUUUGGUUGUAGCCCCCAGUGACUACUGGGAAGAAAGUUUGAAGGCAGAUGUCGAAGAUAUGCUGCAACCGAAAAAGAAGCGUCACCAGCGAGUUCGAUCUGAAGGCACGGCUGUCACUAUAUCAGUGAACGACCGGUCUCAGAGAAAUCUCGAAAAUUUUUAUAAUUCCACUAAUAUCAACUGGAAACCAGUUGAGAAGCAGCUUCGUAAAUGGAGCAACUUGCUUCGUAUUGGCAGGAAGCUCACGAUCGAUAUUGCCUUCAACUAUCGGGAGGAUGAUGAUGGCCAUUCCAUGCCUUCCUCAAGAAGAGUUGAAAAGAGAGGCCGUGUGUCCGCAACCAGCAGGAUGUUGGCUGACCGUGAGGCACACAUUGAGGCGGAGGAAGAGAGUACUGGGCGACCCUCAACUUGGAGUCGUGUAUAUGAGCUUAUGCGAUGUAAUGUCCGCUCAUGCCCUUUGAAGUCUGAUUGGUGCUGGGAAGACCCGAAGGACAAGAAACAUUACAAACUCAGGAGCUCACAUCUAGAACGACUCAUUGGCUAUGUCGAUGAUGGUGGCGUCCUAGAUGGUCAUGGUGAUGUCCCCAGUGAUAUUCGUCGAGACCUAAGCCUGGAAAGCCAGACAGGAAAAAAGACGAAAAAGACUGACUUGUCAACUACCGCACAACAAUAUCCAACUAUUAUCAAUGUCCUGCCAGCACAAGCAGGGAACACUUCGACGCUUACUUCGUCUCUGCCCAGGCCGUUAUCAGACGAGCAUGUCGUAAUUCCCGGGCCUCGUGAAGAAGCCGUUAGGGAAUACUGCAAAUGGCUGGAAUCACGCGCCACCGACGAGGCAUACAAAGCGGAUUUCCGGAGAAUUUGCCAAGUGACUCUGGAAAACCACCUAGAUCUUGAACUAAUACUCGAGGACUGCGACACUGGCUUCUACGUUCAGCGUGGGAUCCAAAUUGGAACUGCCCGUCGCUUCCUGCGCGACAUAAACGAAUGGGCGACUGUGAAGAACUCGAACAUGUGCUUGAACCCGACCGAUGAACAAAUUCUCAACCUUUCCGAAUAG